AUGGAGAAAAAAUCGCAAACACAAAAAGCUAAGGGAACUACCACAUCAACAGUUACUAAAACUGAGAAAAAAGGAAAAGCUGAUUUUGAGUGUCCAGUCUGUCUCGAAAUCAUUGCAGAACCAGUAAUGACACCUUGCAAGCAUUUAUUCUGUUUAUCUUGCCAAAAGUAACUGAUUCAGGUGAAUGCAACCUGUCCAAUGUGCAGAAGAUAAUUUGAUGAAUAGUUCGUUCCCAAAGUAGAUUUAGAAACCUAGCAGUAAAUAGAAUAACUAUUCCCAGCAGAUUUUGCUGAAAGAAAAAGUCAAUUGAUAUCAGCAGGAUUAUGGCGAGGCAAUAAAGUCGCAAUCAAAUUUAGCUUUGGGAAUUUGCAUGAAGAAGUUAAGAACCCUAAGCCUGCAAAUAGUGACAAUACUAAGGUAAACUGCCAUAGGUGGAUUAUGUAUGUAGCUCUUUCAAACGAAUAAGAUAAGGAAAAAGUAGGAAGAUUUAUUUAAAGUGUGACCUAUCACUUACAUCCAACAUUUAAGCCUAGCGUAAUCAAAGUUAGUGAGCCACCUUUCCUAAUAUCAAGAAUUGGAUGGGGUUACUUUGAAAUACAUAUGGAAAUAGUAUUCAAGAAGUGGACUGGCAUUGCAAAAAUGGAAUUGGAUCACAUGCUAUGUUUUGACGGUAAAGGAAAAUAAGAGGCAUUCAUUAUAGAGCUUGAGAGUGAAGAGCCCCCUGCAGGAUCAGAAGAGAAUUAAUUAGCUAAAAGAUUCGAAAAAUCAGUAAAUGUUUGA